AAAUAACAAAAUGGGCAAGGAAAAGGGACACAUUAACAUUGUCGUUAUCGGUCACGUCGAUUCUGGUAAGUCUACCACUACCGGUCACUUGAUUUACAAGUGUGGUGGUAUCGACAAGCGUACCAUUGAAAAGUUCGAGAAGGAAGCCACCGAAUUGGGUAAGGGUUCCUUCAAGUACGCCUGGGUUUUGGACAAGCUCAAGGCUGAACGUGAGCGUGGUAUCACCAUCGACAUUGCCCUCUGGAAGUUCGAAACUCCCAAGUACUACGUUACUGUUAUUGAUGCUCCCGGUCACCGUGACUUCAUCAAGAACAUGAUUACUGGUACUUCUCAAGCUGACUGUGCCAUUCUUAUUAUUGGUGGUGGUACUGGUGAAUUCGAAGCUGGUAUCUCCAAGGACGGUCAAACUCGUGAGCACGCUUUGCUUGCCUACACUUUGGGUGUCAAGCAACUCAUUGUUGCCGUUAACAAGAUGGACUCCGUUAACUACUCUCAAGCUCGUUUUGAGGAAAUUAUCAAGGAGACUUCCAACUUCGUCAAGAAGGUCGGUUUCAACCCCAAGACCGUUCCUUUCGUCCCCGUCUCUGGUUUCCAAGGUGAUAACAUGAUUGAGCCUACCACCAACAUGACCUGGUACCAAGGAUGGCAAAAGGAGACCAAGGCUGGUGUUGUCAAGGGUAAGACUCUUUUGGAAGCCAUUGACGCCAUUGAGCCCCCUGCACGUCCCGUCGAGAAGCCCCUCCGUCUUCCUCUUCAAGAUGUCUACAAGAUCGGUGGUAUUGGCACAGUCCCCGUCGGUCGUGUCGAAACCGGUACUAUCAAGCCCGGUAUGAUUGUCACCUUCGCUCCUUCUGGUGUCACCACUGAGGUUAAGUCCGUCGAAAUGCACCACGAAUCUCUUGAAGCUGGUCUCCCUGGUGACAACGUUGGUUUCAACGUCAAGAACGUUUCCGUCAAGGACAUCCGUCGUGGUAACGUUGCUGGUGACUCUAAGAAUGACCCCCCUAUGGGCUGUGCUAACUUCACCGCUCAAAAGCCCCUCCGUCUUCCUCUUCAAGAUGUCUACAAGAUCGGUGGUAUUGGCACAGUCCCCGUCGGUCGUGUCGAAACCGGUACUAUCAAGCCCGGUAUGAUUGUCACCUUCGCUCCUUCUGGUGUCACCACUGAGGUUAAGUCCGUCGAAAUGCACCACGAAUCUCUUGAAGCUGGUCUCCCUGGUGACAACGUUGGUUUCAACGUCAAGAACGUUUCCGUCAAGGACAUCCGUCGUGGUAACGUUGCUGGUGACUCUAAGAAUGACCCCCCUAUGGGCUGUGCUAACUUCACCGCUCAAGUCAUCAUUCUUAACCACCCCGGUCAAAUCUCUGCUGGUUACUCUCCUGUUUUGGACUGCCACACUUCUCACAUUGCUUGCCGCUUCAAUGAGCUCAUUGAGAAGAUUGACCGUCGUACCGGUAAGAAGCUUGAAGAAUCUCCCAAGUUCGUCAAGUCCGGUGAUGCUUGCAUCGCUCAAAUGGUUCCUACUAAGCCUAUGUGCGUUGAAGCUUUCACUGACUACGCUCCUCUUGGCCGUUUCGCCGUCCGUGACAUGCGUCAAACCGUCGCUGUCGGUGUCAUCAAGGCCGUCGAGAAGACUGCCCCUGGUCAAGCUAAGGUUACCAAGGCUGCCCAAAAGGCUGGUGGUAAGAAGUAA